GCUGACUGAGUUAAGGAAACUCCCCAGGAACCUGUUUAUUCGCUUCCUGGCCAGGCUGGGGUUCCUACUGGAAGGACGGGGAUCUGGGCUGGACAUGGCCUCAGCCCUGAGCCCACCCAAGGGCCCCAAGCCCAAAGGCGUGCCACCUUCACACUACUAUGAGAGCUUCCUAGAGAAAAAGGGACCCUGUGACCAGGAUUACAGGAAGUUCUGGGCAGGCCUCCAGGGUUUAGCCAUCUGCUUCUACAACAGUAAUCGGGACUUUCAGGCCCUGGAGAAGGUGGACCUGAGGCUGUUUUCAAAGAUCAAAGAUGAGUCUCCAUGGGGAAGCUCAAAGGAUACCAGCCCUCACUUCAGCCUGGUACUCCGGGACCAGGAGGUCAAAUUCAAGGUGGAGAGCCUGGAGUCUCGUGAGAUGUGGAAAGGAUUUAUCUUGACUGUGGUGGAGCUCCAUGUCCCGUCUAACCUGACCCUGCUGCCCGGACACCUGUACAUGAUGGCCGAGGUUCUGGACAAAGAGAAGGCGAGGCGAGCAGCAGAGGUGCCCUGGUGUUUCCUGCAGGUGAGCCGGCUGGAGGCGCAGCUGCUCUUGGAGCGCUACCCCGAGUGCGGAAACCUGCUGCUGCGGCCUGGAGGGGACGGCAAAGACGGUGUGUCUGUCACUACCCGGCAGAUACUUAACGGGUCGCCAGUGGUCAAGCACUACAAGGUGAAGCGGGAGGGUCCCAUGUAUGUGAUCGACGUGGAAGACCCGUUUUCCUGCCCCUCACUGGAUGCUGUGGUCAACUAUUUCGUGACAUACACGAAGAGGGCGUUGGUACCCUUCCUGAUGGACGAGGACUAUGAGAAGGUUCUAGGCUUCGUGGACUCAGAUCGGGAGAACGGCGAGAGUGUAUGGGCUGUGUCCUCCUCGCGGGAUUCAGGCCCUGCCCCCCUUGCUAAUGUCUCGAAGCCACUCCCACCUGUGCCUGUGUCUGUGUCCAGUCAGGAGGCCAGGCUACCUCUACUUCCCCUGCCUCAGCUACUGGAUCAAGAUGAGAACUAUGUGACCCCCAUUGAAGACUCCCCGGCAGUUGAGUACGUGAAUCAAGACGUGUCUUCCUCUAGUCAUCCAGUCCCCUCAAAGCCCAAGAAGCCAGCGAAGCUUCCAGCAAAACCCCCAAAGCCACCGACCAUGCCCAAACCAGAUCUCAAAGCCAUCACUAGUGUCUGGGCCAGAAAGCAAGGUGGCAGCUCAUCCCAGGAUCCCUUUCUUCUGACAAAGCUGGGGGACGUCACGGCCGAGCUGGAAGAGAAACUGCAGAAGAGGAGAGCACUGGAACAGUGAUCUAGGCCCCCAGGGACCAGUGGACUAUCUCGGGACACAACAGUCCGCCACCAGCUGUCCUCACUGAGGGGACUGGACAUGCCCAACACGGUGAAGAAUCCUGUCCUCCAAACAGUGAAGCAGGGAAGAGCCCUGGGAGACCCGAGGCUAGCCUGAGCCAUAAAGUGAUUUCCACGCCAGCCUUGGCUAGAGUGAGGCCUUGUUUAAUAAAGCAAAACACAAUAAGAACUUCA